UGUAAAAAGAUUGCCCACGCGUGGGGCAGAAUGAUGCCGCCGGCGGCGCGCGUCCGGCGCCUGGCCACGGCGGCCGCGGCGCCGCUCUCCGACCUCACGGACGCGCUGCUCGCCACCCGCCUCGCCAACCACCUCCUCACCACGCCGCACAUCCCGCCCGCGCUCCUGCCCGCCGCGCCGCUGCCGCUCCCCGUCCGCCUCCACGUCCUCCGCCACCCGGCCCUCCCGCCCACCUCCAAGCUCUCCUUCUUCCUCGCCGCCACGCCGCCCGCCUCCCCGCACCUCGCCGCCACCUUCCCCGUCCUGCUCCGCGCGCUCGCCACGCACUCCCCUCCGCUCCUCGACGCGCUCCUCCCCUUCGCGCUCUCCUCCCCGUCCCCCGACGCCCUCCUCCCCGGCCUGCUCUCCGCGCUCCUCUCCGCCUCCCGCCUCGACGCCGCGCUCGCGCUCCUGCAGGACGCCCCUCCCGACCUCCUCCCGCGCCUCGCCGCCGCCGCCAUCCCUUCCCUCAUCGCCUCCCCUGACCCCCUCUCCGCCGUCCCCGCCAUCCGCAGGCUGCUUCCCAUCGCCUCCCACCCGCCUCACGUCCGAGCCACCAACCGCCUCCUCCUCGCCCUGUCCAAGGAGAACCUCUACGAUGACUUCUGCCAUGUGUUCGACGAAAUGUCAAGGAGGGGCCUUCCUUCCAACUUGAGGUUCUACAACAUUUGCAUCCACGCCUUCGGCAAGUGGAAGCGCCUGGAUAAGUCGCUGAAGCUCUUCGCGGCUACGAAAGCUGCCUCUCCUCCGCUGGUGCCAGAUAUAUGCACGUACAAUUCGGUCAUUCGUGUUCUUGUGAUUGGCGGGAGGGUGGCUGACGCUUUGCUGGUCUUUGAUGAAAUGAAGUUGGCCGGGAUCCACCCAGACGUGUUCACUUACCGCGCGGUUGUGGAUGGGUGCUGCAAGAGUUUCAGGAUGGAUGACGCACUGCGUAUGUUUCAGGAGAUGCGCGGGGGCACCGGGCUGAAGGGGGAUGUCGUGGUGUACAAUUCGCUUCUAAAUGGACUCUUCAAAGCAAAGAGGCUUGAUGAGGCAUGUGGUUUUUUCGAGACAAUGGUGGCGGAUGGGAUCCAAUGCUCAGCGAGCACACACAACACCGUGAUCGAUGGGCUGUUCAAGAAUGGGAGGGCAGAAGCCGCAUGUCGGCUGUUCUAUGAGCUAAGGAAGAAAGGUCAGCUAUUGGAUGGGAUUGCAUACAGUAUUAUGGUAAGGGAGUUCUGCAAGGAGGGCACAGGGGACCAAGUUGCAGAGGCAGUCAGUUUGGUCAAGGAGAUGGAAGACCGGGGCUUUGUUAUUGAUUUGGUUACCAUUACAUCAUUACUUCUAGGUUUUAACAAGAGUAGACGGUGGGAUUUGGAAGAGAAGAUAGUGAAGAUCAUAAGAGAUAGCUCUGUCUUGCCAGAUGCCAUUCGAUGGAAGUCCAACAUGAUGGAUGCCUUGACAGGACCACAGGAUAGAGCGAAAGAUGGAACAUCAAUCUUUCCAUUUGAUGGUAAUAUGAACGAUGUGAUGAGUUUGCUCAAUCCUGCAGUAUGCACUGAUACAAAUGAAGGAACCACACACAAUGAACCCAAGGAUGAUUGGUCUUUGUCCCCACACUUAGAUCAUCUUGCCAAACAUGCUGAUCAUUCAAAUAAUUCUGCUAUAUUUACAGUGCACAGAGGUCAGAGGGUGGAAGGCAUGGGGGGUAAAACUUUCGAUGCUGACAUGGUUAAUACAUAUAUGUCAAUCUUUUUAGCCAAAGGGAAGUUGAGUGUAGCCUGCAAGUUAUUUGAGAUCUUUACAAAUCUGGGAAGGAAAGGGACAAGUUAUACAUACAAUUCACUGAUGACCUCAUUUGUCAAGAAGGGGUAUUUGAAGCAGGUCUGGGCAGUUCUUCACGAGAGGGGUGGACAACUCUGCCCCAAUGACAUAGCAACAUACAACCUGAUAAUUCAGGGUCUUGGCCAGAUGGGGAAAACAGAGGUUGCUAGCUCAAUCAUGGAACAAUUGUCAAAGAAAGGUGUUUACAUGGAUAUUGUUAUGUACAACACUUUGAUCAAUCAAUUGGGAAAGGUCGGGAAGGUUGAAGAAGCAAACUGUUUGCUUGAGCAGAUUACCACAAGGGGCAUGAAACCAGAUCUUGUUACUUUUAAUACCUUGAUCGAUAUUAAUGCGAAAGCUGGUAGGUUGAAGGAAGCCGACAAGUAUUUGAGGAGGAUGAUUGCAGAAGGCAUUGCUCCAAAUCACGUGACGGAAACAAUAAUGAUUUUCCUUGAUAAGGAGAUUCAAAAGAAAAAACAGCAAUCUAAAUGAACUACCGAAAAAGCAUGAAUAAUAUCAGUGCAACGAAGGCUUUUUCAAGAUACUAUAUUGGCGAAAAGGAACAGUUGUUGUAACAAACUCUACGGAGAGGUAGCUCUGUUGUGAAUCGAAAAUGCCAUGAGAUGUACAAGAUUACAAUGACACAAAUGAGCCAUGCAUCUUCCAGACAUUUGAGCACAUGAAACUGAAAAGGAGAUGCUACAACAGUCACCGCAUUCAGGAAAACAUAACAAAUCAAAACAUUGUAAAUGUGGGAACUGUUGUCUUCUGCUUGUAGCUUCGGAUUCCGUCAUGGUUUAUCGAAGCAGAGAGAUCACUGAUUUACGUGACCUCAGACUACCUGAGCACCGAGCAGUCUCUCCCCUGCAAAGAGGUGAAACGGAAAACAACUUCAGCCAGUUUUAAAAUCUUAUCGUUAAAGCACAGAGAUAAAAGAAUGCAUCUAGGGAAGUAUGUAGACUGCUUCAUGGUUUACAUGGCUCGGCAUGAAACUCGAGAUUCAGUAUGAAACUAUCAUGGUCCUGCAUUUUCUGAAGUGGUGAUCAAUCCAAACAAUGAGGAAUUUUUAGCAGUCAGCGAGCGGAAGGACUACACUUUAAGUCGUUAAGGAAUUCUGUUGUCCACUCAGAAAUUCUCUUUGAGUGGUAGCACUCAGUUUGUUCUCUGAACCCUGUAGUGCCAAAAGAGACUUGACAGUGUGAAGGUGGAGGUCAAAAGAUGGACGGUUUUAGCUGUGAAUUAGCACAAGUGGAGAACUGAUCUGGAUGUAUUGUGGGUGCUCUCACAUGUUAAACAUGCCUAGCCAGAGUAACAGGAGUAGAAGCAAGGGAGUGUGCCAUGUGCGCUAUUGAAGUAUUGAGUGCUACGCAGAUAUGUUCCGUUUGGACUUCAUGUGCAGCAACAUUUCUGCUGCGUCCUUCAUCUCCUCUUUGAAUGUGUGGUUGCUAGACAGCUGUAGCUUGAUAUCUGUGAGAUGGAUGGCAUUAGUUUGCAAUUAAUUCCUAGCAGAUUGGCAGGUUAGCAGUUACAUGCUAUUUUCAAGUAGAGGGGGGUUGUGGUUUGUGGAGAAAAACGUGAAUCCGAGAACAGUGGGCAGCUGCUUUGCUGGGACUGGAAGCUGUCUGUUACUUCUAUGUAGCACUUCUCCAGGAUGCUGAAUUUCAGGCCGAUUCAGGCCCCGAGCCAAGUAACCAUGGAGGCCAUGAAGCACCUUUUGGUCCAGAUUGAGAAGAGAAUCUGAGUGCAGCUGCGUAACUUCGUCCGAUUUGCUGUGCACCACAUAUCUGAAGCAACAACUCUACGACUGUUUAGUUCAGUUCUCAAUAUUCUUUGAGUAAGAAAGAUGAUCUGCUUUCAGCAGGCACAGUGGGGUGGUGGCUUGCAGCUUUUAUGGAGGAAAACCGUCAAUCAAAAAACAGCUGGUGGCUGCUGCGCUGGGACUCACUUAUGUGGGACACUUAGUGAGGGAGACGCUUCUAGAGACCUUGCUAAGAAAGCUUGCUCUGCCACGUAGAUGAGAGUAAGAAACAAUGGGGUGGUUGCUUGCAGCAUUUAGGAGGAAAACCGCCAACCAGAAAACAGCUGGAGGCUGCUGUGCUGGGAUUCACUUAUCUGGGACACUUAGUGAGGGAAACACUUCUAGAAACCCUGCUAACAAAGUUUGCCCUGCCACAUAGAUGAGGUGAGUGAGCCAGCUACUCCGUGACCGUUUAAUUCAGCUUUUACCACUCUUCGGUAAGCAACAUGGUACUAUCAGUAAACAAGUGGCAUCAAUCCUGGUAGUAGAUGCUAAAUAUUCCCUCAUCCGUUCCUAAAUAUGAGUCUUUGCAGAGACUUCACUAUAGACUACAUACGGAGCAAAAUGAGUAAAUCUACGCUCUAAAAUGCAUCUAUAUACAUCCGUAUGUGGUCCAUAGUGGAAUCUCUACAAAGACUUAUACCGUUGUAUUUAGGAACGGAGGGAGUACGGUCCAAAUGCUAACAAACAUUUCGCUUGAAAUUCGAGCGUUUCCGUGAUGCAAAUCUGCUCUCUAAACUGUUUAAAAGCAUGAGGAUGUCUAUGUGGUGAACUUUUUGUCUAUCAUCGCCAGUUUUCACGCGUGGUUGGUGGCGAGGUCAAAAUAACCUGAGUAGGUGUGUCGUGUCCUCUUUGGAUGUACUCUAUUUUUUACCAUUGGCCUCUAUGUACAUUUUUUUUCCAUACUACCUGACAACACUGGUAGGCUCGUUGUAGCCAUCACUUUGGUUUUUCUUUAUUGCAGAUACAUAUUUUACUGUUGGUAUGGUCACGUACCGCAGCAACAAUCCAAAUCCGCCAUUGAUAAAACAACCUCCGUAGCCUCAGAUAAUGGUGGUGGGCGUGUCAAUCGUCAAACGUGCGUACGUACUCACAUGCACAUGAUCCGGCGUCAGCAAACUAUACAAGUACAAAAGUAUAGAGUACAGUUAGCCGUUCUCCGUUUAGGCGGCGGCAGCUGAAAACUGUGCCGCAUCGGAGUCCCGGGAGCCAGGAUGCAUGCUAUAGUUUUAUAGUACUCCCUCCGUUCCUAAAUAUAAGUCUUUUUAGAGAUUUCACUAUAGACUACAUACGAAGCAUAAUGAGUGAACCUACACUCUAAAAUAUGUCUAUAUACAUUCGUAUGUAGUUUGUAGUGGAAUCUCUAAAAAGACUUACAUUUAGGAACGGAGGGAGUACAAUCUAGCGAGCCUCUUGGCUUGUGUCUAGAUAUUGAUUUCUCUACACAGCAAUUUGUUUCUCGUAAUGAAUUAAUUAGGAGAGAUGUCAAAUCAUGUACUCGCUCCGAUUCAUAUUAAUUAUCUCUGAUUUAAUACAAAGUGGAUCGGAGGGGGUUACUAUUCCUUUUUUUUGAAA